UAAAAUAUUACUUAAAUGUAAUUAUUAAAAUAUCAAAAAAAAAUUUCAAUAACUUGUAGAAUUAUAAGACUAUAAUAAUUAGACUAUUUAAUGACUCAUGAUCUUAUAAUCUUAUAAUCUUUUGUAUUACGCAUGGUCCUGAGACGAUGUGUCGCGCUCCUUAGUUACGCCGUUCGGCAGCGCCGUUGCUAAGGCGCGAGCGGUGGGAGGAGAUCAAUAGGCGUGCGUCGAAAAAUCCGGCCGAAAGUUGCUGAGAGCACUGACGGGUAGAACAUUGGGGUAGAAUCCUGUAAACACGGGUAGAACUCUAUAAUCUUCGCAUUUUUUCACACGUACUUUCACAAACACUAAUAUCAUACCCUUUCCUUUUAUAAACUUCCCUUACCACAGCACGAGUCUACCAAUCACCGUGUACUUUGCGCAAGUACACGGUGAUUGGUAGACUCGUGCUGUGGUAAGAGUAUUCUAUAUCUUUGGCAUUCCGUUCUCAUCGCCUCUUGGGAGAUCACUCAACACUUCGUCUCAAGAAUUUGUGUAGUGACAUUGGUAUCAGUAUAUUGUUUAAGAGAGAAGAUAUAGUUUUGGAACUCACAGUGAUACGUCUUUUUCCUGCAUCCCAUGUACGUUGCUACGAACUACGUGAGCCUGAAUACUAUAUCCUCUGCGGCUGAGAAUUUUGAAAGCAAAGGUCUUGCUGAAUACACUCCUCUCCAACAUAGGGGAUCUGACGAUUAUUAAUUACAGGGAUCGACCGAAAUUAACAGUUGAAUUGCAUCACACACAUCAGGAGAAAUGUGGGCCUACAUUGUCCUUGUAGCCGUCAUUUUGGCUAUAUUACACGCAUAUCAAAAGAAUUACUUCAGAAUCAUUAGGUUUAUUUUCACUCUCGAUGGGCCAAAAACGGUGCCCAUUCUUGGCAAUGCAAACCUCUUUAUUGAAGGAAAUGUGCUUCAAAGAAUAGCAGACGAGCAUCAGAAUUAUGGUCGCAUUAUGCGCAUUUGGAUGACGUUUGUGCCACACGUUGUGCUUAUCGAGCCGGAGGAUAUCAAAAUACUAUUGCAAAACAAGAAACACAUAGCAAAGGCAUCUUUUUACAAGCUGGUCGACGAUUUUCUGGGCAAGGGUCUCAUCACUCAAGAUGUCGACAAAUGGACGGUACAUCGGAAAAUCUUAGAAUCGGCCUUCACGUCCCAUAUGUUACAAAAAUUUAUUGAAACGUUUGGCGAGUGCGCCGAUCGCCUAGUCGACAAGUUGCUCGAAAAAGAUGGGGAAGAUAUAAACAUCACUACAUUUGUUAACAACUCGGUCUACGAUAUAGUGAAAGAAACGAUUUUGGGCAUCCCCGCAAGCCAAACAUACAAUGACGGAGAGGAUAAAUUUAGAAAGAACCAGUUUAUGAUGACGUAUAGAUUUGCGCGUCCAUGGUUGUUAAUCAAUUGGAUUUACCGAUUGACAGCAGCUAACAAAUCAGAGAAACAACACCAAAAUGAAUUAAUAGACUAUUGUUCUAAAAAAAUGGAGGAAAUGCACAGAUCUUUACAAAAAAACGAUUUUUUCAAUGACCCACGAACUGGAAAAACAUCUUUGCUUCAGUUCAUGAUUAAGUACAUGAUCAACAUGAACGACCCGCCAAUCACUAAACAAGAAGCUAUCGAACAAUGUUGCACCUUUAUGUUGGCCGGCCAGGAAUCAGUCGCUACAGCCACUGCAAUUACUCUCUUUUAUUUGGCAAAGAAUCGGAAAUGGCAAGAAAAAUGUAUCGAGGAAUUUAAUGAGAUCUUUGGUGAAGACAGAAGAUUACCAACUAUAGAAGAUCUGAAAAAGAUGAAAAAUUUAGAAAUGUGCAUUAAGGAGUCUUUAAGAUUAUAUCCUACCGUACCUUUGUUCGCGAGGACACUCGGGGAGGAUAUGACAGUAGGAGAACAUGUAAUACCGGCCGGUUGCAAUGUAAUUAUAAUGCCAUAUUGUACGCAUCGAUUACCUCAUCAUUUUCCUGAUCCUCACGAUUUCAAACCAGAGCGAUUUAGCCUUGAAAACUCCAAAGAAAUGCAUCCAUGUGCCUACAUACCAUUCAGCUAUGGACGUCGCAACUGCAUUGGAAAGCAAUUUGCCAUGUACCAGAUGCAAUCGACCAUCAGCGCUAUUCUAAGGAAUAGUGAAUUAGAACCGGUUCUUGGCAAGGAAAACUUUUUAGCUCAAUAUCGCGUAACCAUUAGAGCACAUGGCGGACUUUGGAUCAGAAUAAAAGCGAAUGAUAAAUACAAACCAAAGCAAUCCUACACAUCAGGGACAGAGACUUCUGAUUUUUCUGAGUGUGGAGUACCUCAUUAAAGCAAAGGGGGGGGGAGUGUAGUCAGUUUCAAUAACAUUGCUUUUGUUAUACAGGGUGUCAGAUGUUCUCACGUGUGUUGAUAGAGCAAAUUAAACUGAGCAAAAAAGUUCUGUAGUAUUUUUCAAUAUUCGCAAUAAUUACCGAGAUAAAAAUUACUGAAGUCGGCGAAAGAGUGCGUACUUUCCCUACCCACCGCACGCAGGGACCACUCGUCGAUACGCCUUUAUUCGCCAAUUUUAUUAAUUUUUACCUCGGUUAACUAUUGCGAAUAUUGAAAAAUGGUACAGGACCGUUCUGUUCAGUUUGCUUUAUCAACCCCUGAGACCACAGGCGAAUUUCAUCAGACAUCCUGUAUAUUGUAACGUCCAGCACAACCCCGCUUCCCCUUUCUUUUUUUUUAUUACGUAAAUCGCAACCGCAUCUAUAUUAUUCAUUAGUCAAUAAGUUUAUUAAUUAACAAUUGUAUUUAACGCGUGAGGAAGCAAGCAGCGAGUACCAUUGUCGGACAUCUUUGUUUAACCUAAAUCAAAACCGUCAAAACCUUUAUAGAAUACUUUUAAGCGUCAACUUUUCAAACGUUAAACGUAACAAAGAAAAGAAGUCACUUCUGUUAAUCUGUGCCGUCUGCAAGUCGCGACAGUCACGAUAAAAGUUCUAAGAAGCCUCCGGCGAUCGGAUGUCCGUGAGUAACUAUGGCUCGCCGUUUGGCUUCACACGCAUAUUAUAUUACUCGAUAAUGUGUAUUAGAAUUAAGAAAUAACUUCUAGCCUUUUUUUUGUUGAUUUAAAAGUUCUUAGAUCGCAUUUUCUUUUGGGCAUGUGUUACUUCUUAAUUAGAUAUAAGAGCGUUGGGGGAAAUCUACACCUACAUUUUACAUUAACUUCACAAUUUACACCCUUUGUUCGUACUGACAAUUAUUCAAUUCUUUUAAAUCUUGUUCUCUAGAAAUCCGUUACCAUUUUGUAUCCAGCUCGUUAUACGUCCGACCCUGUCAGUCGCGACUCCUAAAUCAUAUAUCUGUUCAUUUCUCUUUCAACUCCCCCUGCGUGCGUUAAUUACUAAGACAUAUUGCUAUUUGCGCUAAUUCUAAAUUGCGUUAAUUUUAAGUUGAGUAAAUUUUAACCUGCGAUUAAUUAAUAAGUUGCGUUAGGGAACGAAGGAAGACUUUCCGAGCGUUAGCGCUUUCUGCGAUAAAUCGUGCGUAGAACGCCGGGCGGCUGCGCCACAGCACGUCUUACGUUAGCGCGCACAGCGGAGUGAUACAGCGCCCUUAUGCCCAAGAGCGGCAUACGUACACCCAAGGACUUUGAUUCUGUCUAUGGGAAAAUUUUCUAAACUGAGAAGUCACCACUUUCUACAUACUCGCAGUUCAUGAUUAAUGAACCGACUAGAGUUUAUUGGUUAUUAAUUUAAUCAUGAACUGUAAGUAUGUAGAAAGAUAGCGACUUCUCAGUUUGGAAAAUUUCCCCAUGGACAGAAUCAAAGUCCUUGGGUGUACCUUUCUUCUAUUCGGAUUCAUUCAUUCUUUGUCCGCAAUUCAUUAAGUCCGGUCGUCAUCAUCCGACAACAUUUUAAUACGCGUGUUAACUUUUCUUUUCAAUCGAAUUAUUCAAUUCUUAUACAAUAAGUUUCAAAUUCAGAAACACGUAUCUCUUUCUUUAUUUUUGUUAUAAGCUCCUCGCGAUAUUCAGCCGGAUCAAGCAUCGAUUUCAUUGUUAAUUUCAAUAUCGAGAAUAAAAUAUUAAUCUCAGUGAACCACCGAGAAAAAUCUGGCCCAAUCACCGACGACGCCGACCAGCGGAGGCCGACCUAUCCUCCAGGCUACGAGGCUUCCUUCCUCCUAUCUAUCCAACGACCAUAACAAUAAUAGCUAGACGUGACAAUAUAUGAAAUAUAUUUUUUGUAUACAUUUUUUUCUACAUUUAAUUUUUUUCAUAUAUAUUUUUUUACAAAUAUAAACCUUCUUUUACUUUUAUCUUAAUAUCACGCAAAAACUAGCUCUUAUACUAUCUAAUUGUGUAUUAUAAUUUUGGGUAAGCAGGACGGUAGCAUGCAGCGUGGGUACCAUAGUCAAAUAUUGUUUUUUGUCAAACCAAAAAUUCUUAAAAUUUAUCAAAGAUUAAAAUACUUUUUUAAAAUACCCCAAAUUCUGUGUGUGAAGUUUCACAUCCACGGGAGCUUUGAGUGUGGAAAACUCCACACCCUCCAUAAGGAAAUCUCCGUCUCUGCUACACAUAGUUAUAAGAAUUGUUAAAAUUAAUUUUAUAAACCUGACAAACUCUGAAAAAUGCUAAACUUUAUUUUGAUUUAUAAAUUUGUUAGCAAUAGCACUUAAAUCUAAUUUCAUCGUUUCUUUCAUAUGUACAUGUAAUGGCCAACAUAAAGGUGCAAUAUUUCUCGAUAACAUCCUGCUUAGUGAUUUGCGGAUUCUUCUUAUUGAUCAUGUACUCAAUCAUGUAUUCAAGUAGAGAUGUUUUUCCAGUUCUUGGAUUAUUGUUCUUGGAAACCGUUCUUUUGUAGAGAUUUGUCCAUUUUUUAGAACAAAAGUCCAUUAAUUCAUUAAUAAAUUUUGGACUUUUGUUCUAAAAAAAUGGAGGAAAUGCACGAAUUUCUACAAAAGAAUGGUUUCCUCAAUGAUCCAAGAACUGGAAAAACAUCUCUACUUGAGUACAUGAUUGAUUACAUGAUCAAUAAGAAGAAUCCGCAAAUCACUAAGCAGGAUGUUAUCAAAAAAUUGGUGGUGUUUCUCCAGAAACACUACCAAAAUAAAUUAAUUGACUUUUGUCUUAAAAUAAGAUUCUACAAGAAGAAAGUUAAGUUUAAUUUUUAAACUGCUAAAUGCUAUUGCUAACGAAUUUAUAAAUCGAAAUAAAAUUUAGAGUUUAUACUUUUUGUAAAGAAAGAAAUCAGUAAACUUUCUUUUUCGACUUUAUAAACUAAAUAUUCUGUACAUUUUGUCUUAUAUGUAAAAGUACAUAAUCUACAUAUUUCUGUACACUUCAAUCUCUGUAUACAUUACGAUACAUAUUGCGAUUAAAAUUACAUUAAAGGCUUCUCUAAGGAGGAUAAGAU